UUAACUUGCCAUGUCUUGUCAGACAAGGAUUCAAAAGCAUAACAUUUAGAUUGUUUAAGAAAAUAAGUAAAUAUAAACUGUAUAAUAUGUUUUACCAUUGAAGGGUUUUUCAACUUAGUCAACAUUUUUUUCUGCAGUGCCGGAUGGCGUCGGGUGGGUGAAAAGUGUAGGAGUCGAGAAACUUCAUGAUAGUAAAUAACGACGUUACUGUAUUUCUGCCUUAGCUAACACAAACCCAAACUACGAAACUGUCAUUUUUCAUUCAAACAUGCCUCGGAAAAAGCCAUUCAGCACCAAACAGAAGAAGAAACAGAUGCAAGUGAAACGGGAAAGAAAGAGAGGUGAGCCAGGCUCAGGGCCCAGCAGCCGUAAUGCCAGUGUGGAGCGGGGGAUGGACAGGGAGAGACAGUCGGACACCUCAGAUAGCGAAACCACAGAUGUCAGGAGGAUAAACCAGCAGCCCGGCAUCAGGGAGGGCAGAUACGAUCCCAAUAGGUUCCGUCUGCACUUUGAGAAGGAGAGCAGAGAGGAGGUGGAGAGGAGGAAGAAGCUUGCCAGAGAGAAGGUUCUGGACCAGAUGUUAGACAAAGACCUGGAGGUUGACAUCAGCGACAUCUACCCCACAGAGAAAGGUCUUGAGUUUCCGAGGCGACCUCCGUGGAACUAUGGGAUGAAUCGUGAGGAGCUGCUGAGGAAAGAAGAGAAGUCAUACCGGGAAUAUCUGAAUGACCUGCACUCCAGAAACCCACCUGGAUCCCUCAGCCACUUUGAGCACAACCUGGAGACGUGGAGACAGUUGUGGAGAGUGUUGGAGAUGUCCGAUGUGAUCCUGCUCAUCGUGGACAUCAGGCACCCGGUGCUGCAGUUUCCCCCAGCGCUGUACCACUACAUCACUGGGGAGCUGCAGAAGCAGGUGGUGGUGGUGCUGAACAAAGCUGACCUGUGUCCCCCUCCCCUGGUGCUGGCCUGGACACACUACCUCCAGACACAGUUCCCCCACCUCCACUGUGUCUGUUUCACAUCACACCCCGGCCAGUCAUACAGCACAGUGCUUCAGAAGAAGAGGAUGAGAAAAAAGGGUACAUGUGGGUGGGGACAUGCUGGAGGCCCCACCCACAUCCUGAAGGCGUGUCAGGAAAUCACAGCAGGAAAAGUGGACUUGUCCAGCUGGGAGAAGAAGAUCCAGAGAGAUGCGGUUGCUAUGGGACCAGAGGGAGAGCAGUCAGAGGAGGGGGCGGACUCUGUGCUAGUGGAGCACCAGAGUGAUGUUGCCAUGGAGAUGAGCAGCCCCUCCCAGGAGCUGUAUAAAGAUGGCGUACUCACGCUGGGCUGUAUAGGCUUCCCUAACGUGGGGAAGUCAUCAGUAUUGAACAGUCUGGUAGGUAGGAAGGUGGUGAGUGUGUCUCGAACCCCCGGCCACACCAAAUACUUCCAGACCUACUACCUCACACCCACUGUCAAACUGUGCGACUGCCCUGGACUGGUCUUCCCUUCACUAGUCAACAAACAACUACAGAUCCUAGCUGGUAUAUACCCAGUGUCUCAGCUGCAGGAGCCCUACAGUUCUGUGGGUUAUCUGUGUGAGCGGACCCCCUUCCUGUCGGUGCUCAAGCUCCGGCACCCCAGCGUGGAGGGCCCACAGCAUGCACCCAAGGGGGGGGAGAAGGAAAGGGAACAGGGGCCCGAGCACAGCUGGACAGCCUGGGACGUGUGUGAGGCCUGGGCAGAGAGGAGGGGCUAUAAGACAGCGAAGGCAGCUCGUAACGACGUGUAUCGGGCGGCUAACAGUCUGCUGCGGCUGGCCGUCGACGGCAGGCUGUGUCUGUGCCUCAGACCACCAGCAUACAAAGAUCAGAGAGAGCAGUGGGAGUCCCACCCAGACCUGGCAGAGAUCAUCGCUCUACAGGGACGGAGGGAAGAGGAGGGGGCAGGAGAGAGGGAUGAGGAGGAGGAGGGAGAGUCCAGCUCUGAGCCGGAGGAGGAGAGGGAUAGGGAUGCUGAUGAUGAUGGUGAUGAUGAUGAAGAUGAAGGGUUUGGACACCCGGCAGUGAAGGAGAGGAAGGGGCCAACCAGCCUCACAGUCAAUAUGUUCGAUGUCCUCCGGGAAAACGAGUGCGAGUGAGGAAGAAAGAAUGAAUUAAAAAACAAUGUGCUUGAUCUCUCCCUCUACACUCACUGCACUUUCAUUCCAUUUUCCUUUCCUUGACUUGCAUUCCUUUAACAUUCUGACUCAACUCUUCUUUCCUCUACUCUCUCUCUCCCCAACCCCUCCCUCUCCCAGAGGUUACUAAAAGCACUCUGAUAUUGUAUCAAACAUGUUCAUUUCUCCAUGCUGUGCCUCUGCUCUGCUUGUUCAACCAUGCAGCUGUACUUAGACUGCAUUUAGACAGGCAGCCCAAUUCUGAUCUUUUUUUCUACUAAUUGUUCUUUUGCCUAAUCACAUCCUGUCUAAUCUUUAUCACAGCUGAUUGGUUAAAAGGCCAAUUGGUGAAGAAAAGAUCAGAAUUGGCCUGCCUGUCUAAACUAUUGUAGGAUUACAUUUGGUUUGGUUUUUAUCAUUUUCCUGCAUGUAGGAUUUGACUAUUAUUAUUUCCCUUAAAGCUGGUAGGGGUAUUGUGGUGUAUUAAUCAUUGAUUUGACUAUUAUUAUUUCCCUUAAAGCUGGUAGGGGUAUUGUGGUGUAUUAAUCAUUGAUUUGACUAUUAUUAUUUCCCUUAAAGCUGGUAGGGGUAUUGUGGUGUAUUAAUCAUUGAUUUGACUAUUAUUAUUUCCCUUAAAGCUGGUAGGGGUAUUGUGGUGUAUUAAUCAUUGAUUUGACUAUUAUUAUUUCCCUUAAAGCUGGUAGGGGUAUUGUGGUGUAUUAAUCAUUGAUUUGACUAUUAUUAUUUCCCUUAAAGCUGGUAGGGGUAUUGUGGUGUAUUAAUCAUUGAUUUGACUAUUAUUAUUUCCCUUAAAGCUGGUAGGGGUAUUGUGGUGUAUUAAUCAUUGAUUGGUUUUCAAUCUGUUUAUUGAUAAGUGGCCUCACAGCUGAGAUGCCAAAUGUCAGAUAAGCUCAUUAAACCCUAGAAAUGGAAUGGCUUGAACUGUGACAAGGUUAUGGAUUCCACCUGAUGUUGACAGUCACACAGUCUAAAUGGGGAUUAGACAGUGAUGAUGAUGUCAUCGACAUGGGACUACUAUUUGGCUGCCAGUGCAGAUUUAUGACAUCACUGUCUAAUCCUGGUUGAUUUAACUGUAUACCACGGUAUGAUAGUACUUCGGUAGGGUGGUGAUGUGUGGAAUUCAGCAUUCCAUGCUGCUUUCAGUGGUAAUAAUCAUUGUUGACCCCAUUUUAUAUGGUUCUACCCAAUUCAGUGUUAUAUUUUAGAUUCUACUAGGGGCAGUGUUCUUCAAUCCUGGUGCAGGAGACUCAGUAUUGGACUGAAACAAAAGCCUACGCACCUUGUGGGUCCCCAGGACCAGGCUUGAAAACAUCUGAUUGAGUUUAAAGACAUGUUGUUGUGGACUAUACAUGUAGUGUUUGAACUACUACAGAAGAAAACUGUCAGAAUUUGCUGUUACAGAGAGCCACUCACGUGCAGCACUGUAUCAUGCAACGCUGAGUGACUGACUCACUUGAGAGAGAGUUUGCCCACCAAAAAGCACUCUGAUGUUCUGCGAUAGUAUCACAUGGUUCCAUAGCAGCCAAUAUUGAACAAUACAGUAACGGUCCUGUUAAUGAUCCUAAAUUAUGCCAGCUAUGCAAACCAGCUGAGUAGCAAGAAUUUAGGACGAGAGUCUUAAAUACUGGAAGAAUGGAAUGACAUUAAUGUUGGGUAAACUUCCAUCUCUAUGGCUCUGUUCUAAUGUUACAAUCUGUCAGGGCUGGAUUCUAGUGUGCUGUUGCCUACUGUUGUUCCUCAUUGUUCCUGUUCUAAUGUUACAAUCUGUCAGGGCUGGAUUCUAGUGUGCUGUUGCCUACUGUUGUUCCUCAUUGUUCCUGUUCUACUCUUACAAUCUGUCAGGGCUGGAUUCUAGUGUGCUGUUGCCUACUGUUGUUCCUCAUUGUUCCUGUUCUAAUGUUACAAUCUGUCAGGGCUGGAUUCUAGUGUGCUGUUGCCUACUGUUGUUCCUCAUUGUUCCUGUUCUACUCUUACAAUCUGUCAGGGCU